AUGGCUGCGACAUCCUCCUGUGAAGAUUUUCUUGCCCAAGCUUUGCUGAGUUUAAAAGAGAGCCCAACCUCUUUUAAUAUCACUUCCUCGACGAUGACGACGACUGACAAAUCCGAUCAUCAUAGACAGUCAUCUUUGAAAGGUUGUUGUUCAUCAGACAAUAAUACCACUUCCUUUGUCUACAUUCCACCCUUGUUGAUGGAACCAUCUCUGCAAGAUUCCUAUUCUGAUCUAAACCAAUACGAGAAGCUGCAACUGAAGAGCUUAACGGAUGGUUCAUCCGUUUCUGGUUCAUCGUCAUCCUCGUUGUUGUUGCGAAAGAAGCAAUCCAUCACCACGAUGAUGAACACUCACACUCCCUCACUCUUCCAUACCACCACCACCACAAGUUCAGCUGCAACCACUUCACAACAACGACACGACAUCCUACAAAGGUCUGAUAUGGACCGAAAACAGAACUGGGAUUUGAUCAGUCCAGUUGGAAUUUCAAAACCCAGAAAGAUGAUCUCUCGAUGGUAUGCAGAAAGUGGAUCAUCAUCUCUGGUGGGUCAUCCUUCCCUUCUCAACACAACAACAACAACCACCUCUGUAUCAUCCAAUCACACAACCAUCUCUCAACCACUCCCAUCGAAUAAUACCAAAUUGUACCAUACUAGAUCUGUCACAGACUCUUCUCAAGUGUAUCAACAUCAUCAAUCUGACCGAAGUGAUUCUUCGACUGGUGAAGAAGAUGACAUGGAAGAAGCAUCCAAUGCAGAUGACGAUUUCAUAGUCUCCUCUGAAGAAGACGCUAAGAAAUCAACUCCACAAAAGAAGAGAAAGACCACAAUCCGAAAGAAAAAGAAGCACACAACUAAAGGUCAAUUCAAUACUGGGUGGUGGUCUGAUGAUGAACAUCUUCGCUUCUUAAAAGGUUUGAAAGAAUGUGGUCACAAUUGGAGCUUAAUAAGUACCAAGUACGUGAAAACUCGAGGUCGAAGACAAUGUGCAAGCCAUGCUCAAAAGUGGUACCAAUCUGAGAGAUAUGCUGAGGAACGAGAGAAAAUGGAUUCCCUCUAG